AAACUGCUGCUGUGUCCAAAGAUACGUCAGUGCAUAAAUGUGCUCGACGUGUGUUAACGGGAACCAUUGUUCAUUUGUUGUUUAGUGUGAAGUUUGUAAUCCCACACAUGGAGUCCAUGCAGGCCACACACUUUACAAAGGUGUACGGUGAAGUCAGCUGUCUCGCCACGCCUGUGUCUGCUGACGUGCGGGAACAACUGCAAGGAGACAAUCGUCUUAUCACAGUCAAUGCAGGGUGGAAUCAGAUUGAUGCGGUGAGAGCAUCCAGACUUUGUUACUCGCAACAAUGGACUCUGAUCUCAGCCCCCAGAGACCAGCAGAUUAGGACAGCCCUACCACCAGGACCAUGUAUACCUGUGUCUGGAGAAUUGCUUAGUGCUCUUUCGCCCAUUGGUGGAUUGAGAGCAGUGGUCCGAGAUACGGGUGGUCACCAGCUGCUGGAGAUUUGGGACCAUCAUGGUCUCAGGAAAUGCCUCAACCUGACUGCCCUCAACAAACAUGGCGGCGUGUACGAUGAUGCUCAGUUUGGCGGCCUGUCAUGGUCAGAGUGUGAGAGCAAGCUUCUCUACGUAGCUGAGAAGACCAAGAACACAGAAGAGGGGUCAUCAUGGGACAGGAGUGUAUACCGUGAGGACUGGGGCGAGACUCUGACCAACAAGAGCACUCCAGUUAUUUGUGUGGUCAACCUGCACAAUGGAUCAGUGGAUGUGUUGCCGGGUGUCCCUGCUGACAUCUCACCAGGACAGGCUUGCUGGGCCCCAGGAAGCCAAUCAAUGUUUUUUAUUGGUUGGUACCAUGAACCCUUCAGAUUGGGACUCAAAUUCUGCUCCAAUCGCAGGUCAGCUUUGUUCCAGCUCGACAUGGAUGGUCAAUGUGAGCGCUUGACGGGGGAAAAUCUAUCGGUGUUCUGUCCCAGACUGAGUCCAGAUGGGUCCACACUGAUCUACCUGCAGGGCCUGGUUUUUGGGCCCCACAGUCAGUGCCUCAGUCUACAGCAGUUGGACCUCAACAGUAGGACAACGUCUACUCUGUUGGAUGUUGUGCAUAGGCCUCAGAGUGAUGGCUUUGCUGGCAUUUAUGAAGCCUUGCCCUCCAGCUGUUGGUCUGCAGAUGGUCACAAAGUUGUGUUCACUAGCGCCUGUCAGAACCGCAAGGAUCUCUUCAUGGUGGACAGAGGGUCAAAGAAAGUCUUCUGCCUCUCUAGUGGCCUGUCUGAUGUUAACAAAAAAUAUGGCAGCUGGAAGCUACUUACCAUCCAGAAUGAUCUGAUGGUCGUGUGUUGCUCAAGUCCCAACACACCACCAAGCAUGCUGGUUGGAUUUCUCCCUUCAUUAGGUGAAGCUGUGACCUGGCACCUCCUCCAAGAGCCCAUCAUGACCUUUGACUUCCUGUGGAGUGUUCUAGAAGUUGAACCUCUACCAGAAGAAGACAACAAACACUAUCCUGGCUUAAAGUUUGGAGCGGUCCUGGUUAAACCAUGCAGUCCGCUCCAUGAAGCCCAGACACCACUCGUGGUCUUUAUCCAUGGUGGGCCAAACUCCCAGUUUGCCGCGGAAUGGAACACCACCACUGCUGGUCUUGUCUCUCUCGGCUUUGCUGUGCUUAUGGUAAACUACCGCGGCUCAACAGGCUUUGGCCAGGACAACAUUCUAUCCCUCAUCGGUCACAUUGGAAGCCAAGAUGUUAAAGACGUCCAGAGAGCUGUGCUUGCAGCAUUGCAGAGUCACAAGACUCUUGACCCCAAUCGUGUGGCUGUAAUCGGGGGUUCCCAUGGCGGCUUCCUAUCUUGUCACCUGGUGGCUCAGUACCCCGAGUUCUACAGGGCUUGUGUUGCCAGGAACCCCGUCAUCAACGCAGCCACCUUACUAGGCACCAGUGACAUUGUGGACUGGCGUUAUACCUGUGUGGGCUCACACUACUCAUACGACCAGACACCCACUGCAGAAGCCUUGGCUGCCAUGUUGGAGCAGUCACCUAUCAUACAUGUUGCACAGAUCAAGGCUCCGGUGCUUUUGAUGCUGGGAGGCAAAGACAGACGGGUGUCUCCUUAUCAAGGUCUGGAGCUCUAUAAAUUGCUCAAGAGUCGGGCGUCACCUGUCAGAUUAUUGUGGUUUGCAGAAGAUGGACACUCCCUGUCCCGAGUAGACACACAGGCCCAGUGCUUUGUCAACGUAGUGCUGUGGCUGCACCAGUACCUCUAACACACACGUGUAAAUAGACGUAGUCAUGGUCCUUAUCAUGCCCAGUGAUGGGAGCAACAGGCUAUUUUGUUACAUAGGUUUAAGAGGUUUUCUGUUAUGAAAUAAAAUGACUCAACCAAAUCAAUAA